AUGUACAGGAAACUUACAAGACGAGAAGCCUGGCAAAGUACCUUACUAUCCGUACUCUGCAGGGCAGGUGCAAAUAGGAACUGGAGGAAGGAGAACCUUCAGUUAACGGAAGGACCUGAAUACGUCCACUGCCCCUCCUUCUCCUGUGUUCCUUCCCUCACAUUCGCGAUGAAAGAGCAAAGGAACGUCCCUGUCGACUUGGGUGAGAAGGAGGAAGGUGUGGAUUUUCUGGGUUCGAAUGUGGGUCCUGAGUCUCCACUCAAGAAGCUGCAGAUGUUUCAGCUGAUGUCCACUCCUCUUGUCAUUGGAGACAGCAAUGGAACGUUGGGCGAAAAGACUAAGGAACACCUUCAACGGUCACCCCAGCUUCCGCCGACCUUCUCACGCCUCCCUACCACCCCCGGUCAUCAUCCUUCACGCUUCACCGUGAAGGGUUGUCUCGGUUUGCCCAAUCUCGUCCAACUUGCAGCGGAUAACCUCAACUUCCGGUCACCGCACACGGGACGAAAGAUCCAAAUUCUGCAAGGUCCGCGAGAUGGAGGCUAA